UGUACAUACGUGAAUAUAUAAAAUCAUUAAUUUUCGUUGAUGAAAUUUAACAAUAUUAUUUAACAUUAUUUUUGAUUGAAACAAAAUGUGGCCGCUUGUUCUUGCUGUUUUGCGGCGUAAUGCCGUAUACAUUACUCUUCCCAUUGCUGGAGUUGUUGGAUUCAUAGGGUACAACUUGGAAAGCUUAAUAUCUGACAAAUACACACCGUACAGCAAAUCCGUCCAAGAUAAUCGUGCCGAGCGUCUAACUGAAGAUGAGAAUCUGGCGAAUGCUGGUCACGUGGAGAAAUUACGAUUAAAAGAGAAUGUUUUAGAACGAAAUUUGUCUCCUUCACUACAAAAGAAAAUCUAAAAUACAUUGAUUAUUCCCAUGAGGUCAGCUUUUGAAAAGAAAUGAAAGUGGACAAAUACAGGAAUGUUUGAUCUUGUGAAGCUCUACUACUGUAUUAAGAUGAUGAUUAACUAUUAAGCUCGAUUAUAACUGAAAAUUUGUUUUCAUAGAAAUUGUUAUUUUUUAAUUCAAUGGAAAUAGACGUAUGUUAAAUAAUUAUGAAA